UUGACUCAAGGCAGACUGGCUCGCGUUCUCAUUGCACUCGGCUGAGAGACUCGGGCACGCGCGCGCGGACUGCGCGCUACCUCUACUAUUUCUAACUCGCCAUAUAAAAAAAAAAAACAUCUCUGAUAUACCACCAGCCCUUCCACAGGAGUCGACGCGUUGCGCGGACUGACAGUUGUCCUUCACCAUGCUGGAGCAACAACAAACAGUGAGAGUGGCAGAGGAACCUCGGGGCCUGCUGCUGUCAUCACUCAAGAGCUCCGUGUUUAUCCUGGGCACAGCAUUCGUGGUGCUAGUUGCUGGAAGCAACACUCUUACCUGGCACUUGCAGCGCUUCUGGGGGGCAUCGGGCAACUUCUGGCAAGGCCAGUGGGAUGCUGUCGAGGCUUUCUUUGAUGGAGACGAGUUCUCCAAGAGUGUUUGGGGUACAUUUGCUGUGACUUUUGCGGUCUACUGGCUGGUUGGUGGUCUUUACACAAUGAUGGACCUCACUGGGCGUCCCGCAUUUCUGCUGCGGUACAAAAUCCAGGACACAGCUCCAUACCCAGUCACCUUUGGCCAGGUGUGGCGAGUGGUGCGUCAGGUGCUGUUCAACCAGCUGGUGGUGGGACUGCCUUUUGGUCUUGUGGCCCACCAGCUGCUGGUUUGGCGUGGCUAUGAUCGCAGCCCCCAGCUGCCCACAUUCCACUGGGUCCUCUUUGAACUGGCAGUCUGCGUCCUGGUGGAAGAGGCAGGCUUCUACUACUCACACAGGCUGCUGCACCAUCCUCGCCUGUACCGGCACAUACACAAGCAGCACCACGAGUGGACCUCUCCAAUCGCCAUCACAGCUGUCUACUGCCACCCACUGGAGCACCUCUGCUCAAACCUUCUGCCGCCAUUGCUAGGCGUGCUGCUGCUCGGCUCUCACCCUGCGACAGCUUGGCUUUGGUUUAGUGUGGCCUUGCUUUCCACCCUUAAUGCCCACUCGGGCUUCCACCUGCCAUUCUUUCCGUCGCCGGAGGCGCACGACUACCACCACCUCAAGUUCAACAACAAUUAUGGCGUGCUGGGUGUACUUGACCGACUGCAUGGCACGGACCAGCAAUUCCGACAGACAGAUGCCUAUCGCCGUCAUGUCAUGUUGCUCAGCCUGGUGCCUCUGAAGGAACUGUGGCCUGCUGAAGGAAAGAAGAGCUCCCAGUAGCAACCUCUGCAUGUGCCCUGUCAAGGCUUCCUUCCACAUGGCCUUGGUGGCUGGGGCUGCCUUUCAUCUGAUGUGUCCUGCUUGGCCUGUGUCGUUGCUUCAUGACGAGUCUUGUGCAUGAGCGUGAUGCUCCGUCUGAGCCCCUUUUGUGGCUCAAAACCUGUGAUAAUCUAGACUGCAACACCACCUUACACACCCAGGUCCAGUUAUGCCUUUGGAAACAUUCAGUAGCUUAUUGGAUCCAGUAGCUGCCACCGUGGCCCAGCAGCAAAGAUGUUUUUUUUACUGAGCAAGACGUCGCAGAAUUGAUUUCUGGCUGCUCAGGACGGAACAUGAAAAUUCCCAUGAGCUGAGAUCUCGGCAUGCUUUGAAAACAUGCUAGGUUAUCACUAUUAAUCUGUAAUUCCCAUCGGGGAACCCCUUGUAGUCCUAGGCCAGUGUAACUUAAGGAUUCUUUCUGCUCGACUCUUCUUUCUCAUGAUCCAUCGCUCAUGACUGGUAAAUCCUGGUUAUAACAUAAGUGGCAUGCCACUUGGACAACAGACGAGAUGAUAAGAGGAAAAAUAUUAGAAAUACAAUCUGUCCCGGCAUUAGUGUAGCUUUGGGAGAUCAACGUGUUUAAGUUGAAAAUUUCAAAUUUAGCUUAUGUACACCCCAUACUCUGUCUUCAGACGCACUCUGGAUGGCAGCUCCCGCACAGAUCACAAUGUUCCUGCUUAAUGUUUUGGAAAGUGGUGCUCAUUCACUGCUGUGCCGUACUCUGAAACACCAGAACAGUACCAAAGGUUAUGCUUGAAGUCAAGCAGUACUAUAGAGAAUUUAAACUCAGGCUCAGUGGCUAUGGCAUUCUGAUGCCAACCAUGAGGUUGCGGGCUCAAUUCCUGGCUAUGGCGGCCACAUUUUGAUGGGGGUGAAAUGCAAAAACAUUUAUGUUACUGUGACUUAGUUGCAAGUUAAAGAACCCCAGGUGGUCAAAAUUAACCCGUAGCCUUCCACUAUGGCGUCCCUCAUAACCUACUGUUUAGUUUCAGGACAUUAAACCCCACAAUUUAAUUUUAAGUGGAGAUGCCAGUCGGAACAAAAAAGAAAAAGAAAGGGAAAGAAGUAUUUGUAAUAGAGAUUUGAAGAUACUGCCAUUCAUAGAGUUUUUUAUCUAGAUUUCAAAUAUGUCAUUAGUUUUUAUGUAACUGCUAUAUUCUUUAGUUAUGUCCUACACAAGUGCAAAAUGUAGUGUACUUUGGAGGCACUUUCUUGUGUAUAAAAUAUUCACAAAAUGCAUUGUGCUGUAGCUUAUUUAGCUCGUUGUAGACCUUAACGUGCCGAUAUCUAUUGUAACAGCAUGUACAGUUACUGGAACUAUGAAAAAAAAAAAAUUAGGACACCUUAACUAAUUUUUUCACAAACCCAUGAAAUAUAACCUUGUACUUUUGCAGCUACAGCCGAUAGAUAUUUUUAGUAGAUAUCAGCAUCCUACAUAUCUUGAAGCAUAUGUAUGCCAAAUUUCGUCAAAACAAUUAUAAGUGCACAAGGUUAUUCUCAUGGGAUUGCGAAAAAAAUAUUUGUUGAAGUUCACUCAUCUUUUCUUGCAUAGUUUCACUAAUUAUAUGUGCAGUUUGGAUAGAUAUCGGCACUUUGCCGACUACAAAGAGCUAUAUAAGCUACGGCAUGGUGCUUUACAUGAAAAUUUAACACGCAAGGAAGUGCCUCCAAAGAUCGCUAUAUUUUGCAGUUUUGUAGGUCAUAACUAAAAGAUAUAGUAACUCCACAAGAACUAAUGACAUAUUUAAAAUCUACAUAAAAAAAUCUAUGAGUAGCAGUAUUAUCAACUCUCCUGCAAAAAAAAAAAAAAAUGUAGCGUCUCCCUUUAAUCUGUGCAUUUUACUGGCUGGUCUGGGUGUACUACCUGAGUGAGAACUUGUGUUUUAAAGCGAAACUUUCUUUGCCGCUUCCUUUGACUUUUCCACGGCUACUGCUGCCGCCUUGCACGCCACAUUGGCAAGUGGUUAAAAGCUCACGGCAAGAAUGCAAGAGAUGAGAUAGGUGAUGUCAACAAUGUUUCGUUAGAACUGGUAACGCUGGGCCACAGUGCCCUCUGACAUGCCCUUAGGGACGCCGUAAUUAGGUGUGACCCUCUGCAAAAGCAUUGCAGGAGCUGCCACACUUCCCAUUUGCCUUCAUGCUCACGUGCAACACUAACGACAGUCCAGGGAGGAGGUAGGGAGAAUGUUAGAGAGGGAGCAGAAUGAGAGGAGGCAGGGAAUGGGUACAACCGUAUGCCACACCCACGUAGUCAGGAAACGGGUGAUUAACUAUACCCCUCUACGCUCGUGGCAGUUUACCUAACAUGACACGUGAGAAAGAAAAUGCACUGUCAAAAAGCAUUGCUUAUUUGGGUUCUCUUUAGUAAAGGCAUGAGUAAAUGAAUGACAGGUCUUUGUGUAUACUACGUGGAUGAACACAAGUGGUGCAGGUAAAGUAACAUCUAACAUCACAUCGCGGCUGUCGUGUGCUGUCAACAUCACCGCCACGUAUCGUCAAUAAGUGCAAACAGCACAGAAAGCUUUGCUUACAUUGAUUCCCACCGUGUGUGGGAUCUGCACAUUUCUCUAGCAAAUCCAAAUCUUCCACAGGGAAACUUAAGUGCUCCAUACCGAAUCACAGUGGAGGUCACUCUGUGCAGUUGAUACUAUGUAUGGUACCUAAUUUUUGCUUCCACAUUGCCACAUUAGUUCACAUUGACACGGUUACCAAAAAAUCAUGUUAAUUUCAAUGUUACUACUGUUAUCCACAUCACUUGAACAAAUGAUGCUUGUCUCAAAAAGUGAGUGUCGCAACUGCUACAAACUCGGCCAUCACAUGCAAAAUCUAAGUUGUGCUCUGAUGUUUGCACGAACCACUGCAACCAGACAUAAUUGCCCUCUCAGCAUGCUGAAAUGAAGUUUUGACGUUUGCAGUCGGGCCUUCGACAGCAGAGCUGGAGAGAGAUAUAUAUCUAUAUCUGCUGCAGAGUAAGUUGAUUUAAAAUGACGACUAAAGAACUGAACCUGCUUGAAAUGAUCCAGUGGAAAACAGACUUUCUGUCGUGGAGAACUAAGGUUAGUGGAAGUCAUCAUUGUUUCUUGAAACCACAAUUCUUUUCAUUUCUUUUGUUCGCUCAUCUCUUCCACCAUUUCUUGAUCCUCUGUUGAGAAAGAGGAAUUGGUUGACAGAAAACAGGAAGACCUGCUGACUGCACAGUAACUGUAUAACAGCUGACUCCUGAACAUCGGUCAGCAGUGUGGGGAAGGUGGAGAAAGGCAAAUUUAGUAGCCUGUGGCCCCAGAUGAUGUACCUAGGUAAGCUUCUUUGCCAUAAUUUGGCCCCUUUAUUCCAUCAGCCCCGUACUUCAUUGCACCGAGUUGCGCUCUCACCACUUGCCAACCGGUGCAUCCUGCUCUAGGGAGGUUGGCUUUUCUGCAACAUUUAGUUGUCUAGUGGCUGAGCCAGGCUCUCAUUGAAGUGCGAAAUUAGGAGUAGGAAAGAGUGAAUUCUAUGUAAUAUCCAGGACAUGGUUGUAAACAUAAUGCCAGGUGCUUUCUGAAGCUGUCAACUUGAAAAAAAAAAUCUCGCAUUGCAUUUGUGAAGACAAAAUAAAAUAUAUAGUGUAGUAUACAAGACGAGAGAAAGGGAAGAAAAGUGCCCCAUCACAUGUCAGCUCAUCUUACCAAAUAUCAACAGCGAAUAAUAGCAGGAAUUAAUAAGGUGAAGACCUGCAAUAAAGAUACAAAAUUGUAACAUGAAGCUGCUGUUUCUUAGGCUUUAGUGAUGUUUUCCCAUUUUUUAGUGAAGCUAACAAGACUGCUGAAGUUUCCAAAGGCAUGUCCACUUCUGCUUUAGCCUGUUUAAGUCGUAACACUGCUUCGCAACUUGUGUCCAGUUAUGAAGCACAUAAAGUGGAAUGGCAUGAAAACAAGUGCAAGAAAUAGGCAGGGACAAGCGGUCGCAUCAAAUCAAUGCUGUUAUCUGCCUAUUUCUUCUUGUCACUUAUCCAGUCUUUUUUGUCAUACUUUUACAUCCUGCAUUCUCUUGGCAGCCUUAACUUCACAAAGUUCUGCAGGCGCCAUACAGUAGAUACGCCUCACCCGGUACUCACAAAUACACAACAUAGCUAUUGCACUGUGAGGAAAUGGCAAGAGCAGGGUUGGUUUCUCCGUACAGUUUAUGUUGCACUUCACCAGCCAAGGUGGAGCUCUGGAGUAUAAUGGUGACACCAGUGGGCACCUUUGUGCUCAAAUUAUAUUGAAUGUUCUAUGUUAUAAUAACGUUCUACAUUAUUAACGUACUAUAUUCAUGUUCUAUAUUAACAUUCUAUGUUAUAUUGAACGGCCAUGUGGUUCACUCCUUGCAUUCUGAAUGGUUACCUUGAGUAUAAAAGAUUGUGGUGGUUGUCCACCACACUACGCUACAUGCUGCCCGAGCUCUGGAGGCAAGUGCAGCAGUUGCUAAGGUUUAACAGCAUACCUAACUCAAUGUAGAUUGCCCCUAUCCUCACAUUGCAUAGUGCUGUGCGAGUUCAAUGACAGCCGCAGUGGCCACAUUUUGAUGGCGGUGGAAAGCAAAAAUACUUGUGCACCAUGCAUUGGUUCAAAAAACCCCAGAUGAUCAAAAUUAAACUCCUAGUGCAGAGAUGCCCAUAGGUGCUACCAUAACACUUUAGAACACAUCAUCCAUUUGCGCUCAACAAGUAGCUUAUGUAGAGUGUAAGACAAUGUGUUGCUGCAGUGCAAUCUUAUGUGUAUCUUCACUGCGUUACUUGCUUGUACCAAGGGAAAUGUUUUCUUAUAGGUCUGCCAUAAAGUGGCACAUCCGAGUUAACUACUAGACAUGGACAUGCGGGCAUAUCAAUGCAACCUAGCAAGAAGCAGCGCCAAGCUUGCAAGUUUGACAUUUCGAGUGAAAGUUUUUUUGCAAGGGUGUAGUGGCUAUGCUAAUGUAUCUUUGUAAGAGGCCAUUUUAUUUGCGCCUACUUGUGAUUAUUUUAUAUGAGUGGCGUAAUUUAUGUAUUUACAAGGGGCCCACGUGUAUGUCUAUGAUUUUAUGCUAUUGAAGGUGAAAGGUUCCUUGUUGGUGGAACCUACUUGGUGAUUUACAGGAGACACCAGUUUUUAAUCAGCCAUUGGUAAAUGAACCGGUUGACAACAUUGUUUCCAGAAAUCUAAAAUAUUCCAUUAAAGCGUGCAAAACUGGGCAAGCAGGCACGCGACUCAACUGCCUCCACUAAGGUGGCGAGUCUCACAUUCAGGAAAAGGAGCAGCUGGCAUGCUGAGAAGCGCAAGCACUGCAGUUUUACUGACGGCAAUCAAGUUGGGUAGCAAAGCCAGAUUGCAGAGUUUCGCAUGUCACUGAUUGAGCUCGUUUACUCUGUUGUUAUGGAUUGAGCGAGAACGCCUAUGCUUCCUGAUGUCGUAACUGUUGCACUGUGGUUGGUGUCGCAAUUUUACAUUUCAUGAUAUGUAUAAACCAAAAAUUAGUGUACUGCCUUUACAGACAACUUAAGGCAGUAUAAACACAUGAACAGGUGUCAUAUAGAUUCUCAACUGAAUGCAGUAAAUUGGACCUUGAUAUAACAAAUCAUCAGAUGUUAUGAAGCAGAUCUAAAUGUUUCUUUCCAAUACAAGCAUGUAACAAACACGUGGUUGUAAGAAGUAUUGAAUGUAAGGGAGAUAUUUUUAUGCCUGAUGCGGCUUUCUUAUAUCAAAGUUCAAUUGUAUAUCCAUACAGGUGGGCUGUCAAGCUAUACAAAACUGUAGUCAGUACACACUAGGGUAAAGAAAAAAAGGCUAUUCAUUUAUUCAUACCAAGAUGUAUGCAAUAAAGAGUACAAGCGAAAUUUGCAUUCAUAAAAUAGCUGUUUGAUACUAGAAACACAAUAAAGAACCACAGGAGAUGAAAAAUUAAUCUGGAGCCCUUGUUGCCAACAAUGCAGCUUUGGAGUGUUAAACGCCACAGUUAUCCUACUGAAUAUGAAAGUGGUCAGUAGCUGUGUAGGAAGUUGCCUACCAGAAAUCUUGUGCGUUCAUUAGUGUUAGAUUAGGCUAUCGCCAACACGUUCUUGUCUUGAGAUUGGGCCCCUUGUAUGUUUUGGGCAUUUUGUACUUCACGCGAGAACAAGUGCAUGUAUGCUUGUUUGAUGCUGUGUAUGUAAUAUGAAACGUUAAGGCCACUCUAGUGCUAAUAAUGUGAUCACUAUACAUUAGAAGUUCCUAUGUGUAUCUAAGUGAUAUCCAGGAAGACACUACUGGCAAAACAACUGCAAGGCUUUGUGUGAUAUAUGCAUUGUGUCCCAAGAUCUGGAGGCAGCGUGCCAGAAACAGGUGCAUAUAACACAGGCUAACUGUUGAAAUGCCAAGGUUAGUCCCCCUCCCUCUUUUUAAUCUCUUGAGGAAUGUGCUGUUGUGCAUGUUGUCGCGGCUGCAAACUGGACACCUUUUGAUCUGUUUACAUUUAGGUAAAAUAAUGCAGUGGCUCUGCAAGCAUCUUGCAGGUGGCAACAAUGCAGCUGCACACACACACGCACUACUUUAGUACUGUGCGAAAGAAUGUGCGUGCUGCUUUUUGGAGUGCUGCAAGCAUCCGUAGGCGGCGCCACUGACCAUGUGCUUUCAGGCAAGCCCAGCUUGGGUUCUAGCAGCAUCCAAGGAGCUACCAUUGGAAACAUCUAUGUCAGUGUCUUUUGGGCUUUUCCACCGUACUCGCGAAUGUUCUUCGACUCUAAGCUUUAUCUUGGCACUGAGUGAAUGCAGUGCCAACCCUUGAGUUUGCACAGGUAGUAUGCAUGGUUGUAGAGUUUAGACUCUGAAAUUGCAGAAGAGCAUUGCUGAAGCAGGGUGUCGUGUUGACAGUUGUGUCGCUGCCCUCCAGCUUUAGGAGCAGAGGUGAAGCACUGAGUAGAGCAUAUUUAAAUCCAAGUUCUUUUUUUCCCUCUACCCUACAUUGACAGUCUGUUCGAAUCGCUAUCUGAAAUGGUCUCUGUAAAAUUCGAAUUUUCAGGGGUUAUAAGAAAGCACUCCACUGUGUAGCCAAGAUUUAUCACGUCGACAACCUGUUGCCAGCGUCUUUGUCACUCAACUGUUGCCUGUUCACUGGAACACUUCAGCUCUUAUACCAAGGAGGAAGGUGUUAUGCCUUGUUGCCACUAUUAAGACAUAAUGCUUCUCCAUGAUGCACGAAUGCUACUCACUGCUACAAAAAACACAUUGCAUGUCUUUAUAAAGGUCUCCUUUUUCUUGUUUGUGUAUUUUGAAUGAGUGCUUGGCACAUUGCCUGCCACCAAUCAUGUACUUUUUGUUCCAAUCUUCCACAAAUUGUACAACUGAUGCAAUUGCAUUGUCUGCAAUUACUCACUCUUGCAGAGCUUGCUACAAUACCUGAAGCUGUAUUGUCAAUCAAUCACUCCUCGUGGGUGUCACUUUGACACAAUACCGAUUGGCUAAGAACAACCAGAACCACGUGUGAUGAAAAAAAAGCUUGCUGGUGUGCAGGCCUUCAUGUGUUGUCGUGUUCAAUUGAAUUUUCUGCACGGUUUAACUUCAAGAUGUCGGAAAAUGCAGUUUCUGCAGUAAGGCACUGCAGCCCACCUCACCUUUUAUGCUGCAGAUGCAGUCUCUGAUGUAAGAAUCUGAAAGCUUAAAAUGUAACAUCACUCAUUACUCUAAAAUAACAAGUCAUAUAAAAGUGAAACUAUAAUCGAAAGCGAUUGAUUGAUAAUAAAGUCCCUGAAUGUGGUUAGCAUCACUCAUUACUCUAAAAUAACAAGUCAUAUAAAAGUGAAACUAUAAUGAAAAGCGAUUGAUUGAUAGUAAAGUCCCCGAAUGUGAUUAGCAUCACUCAUUACUCUAAAAUAUCAUCAUUCAAAAGUGAAACUAUAAUCAAAAGCGAUUGAUUGAUAAUGAAGUCUCUGCAUGUGAUUGGAAGUAAAGCUCUAGAGAAAUCUUGGAGCAGACAACCGGUGAAAGCAAUUAGUAGAAGUAAAGAUUGAUCAGAGGCAAUGGGGAUGGAAGAAAUAGGAAAGUACUAGUUGCUGUACCUUGCAUAGAAUGUAGACAUGUACAGUGCGGUCCACAGUGCGAUUAAAGGGAACACACGAGCGUAAAGCGCAUGCAAAUUUUUCCCUCUGGCAAGUGUACAAUUGCCCGGCUGUGCAGCUUGUGACUUGUGGUGGGUGGGGAUGGCACCAUUUUAUGCCCUUUUGGUGCAUUGACAUAGCUUCAGCCGUCACUUUCAGCUAGAGAGCUGCACAUUCCCUUUAACAGUAUACUACACUGUACAAUAAAAAAGCAGUGUGCUGUUACAUGAAAUUUUCAUGGAGAAAUUUGUGCCCGUAUUUAGACAGACUCUAGCUUCUACACCGAAGCUGCUGAAGCAGUGUCUCGUGUAGGCGCUUCUGCAAGGUUAAAAUUUUUCUCUCAUGAGCACGAUUGGCAUGUCUUUCAUUUGUCUUGCCAUUGCUUCUGUAAACAUCCAGCAGACUUGUUAUUUUAUGGUGAACCACGAGGUCUCGAGGGUGUGUACAGUGACUAGUGUUCAGUGUGCAAGUGCCUAAGGAAGCCGCUGGCCGUGUUAAGUGCAGUCACAGUAUUAUUUAAGGCAAAUGUAGUCACAAGCACAAUUGCCAGCUGGUGAAAUGAGCAGUUUGCUACAUUGAUAAGUGUGCUGCAGGUGUCUUAAUUGAGCAGCCACACAGUUUUUUUUUUGGCCAUGGGCAUAGUUGGGUUAAGCACGGGCUCUCCCCACCUCCCUUUUCAAAAAAAUUCUGACUGCGCCACGACUAUAAGCAGUUUAUUCUCUACAAAACUGUGUCUUUUUUUUCUCUCUUUUCUUAAUUUCUGUGCAUAUAAACAGCAUUAAUUCUAAGAGAAGCAGCUUUUAUGCUACUCCUCAUGUGAUUUUAAGAUCUUGAUUUCAAUGUACCAUUUAUGCCGGUGGCAAUAGAAGGAUUGGAAUGGAAAUUUAUUGCAGUGCAUGUGGGUGACCUUGAUUGACCACUGUUUAUUUGCCAAAUGACCAACAUUUGAAUGCAAAGGUCUCCAUUCCCGUGUUUAUUCCUGCUUCCCUUGUUAUCUGAACACUGCAGGGUGCUGGAGACAGUGUUGAGCCAGUUGUGUUAGCCUGGUUGUAUUUUUUAUUUUGUUAUGUUAUUUUUAUAUUAUAAUCUUAUGUUAUGAGUGUAUGUUUUAAAAUAAAUGACCACUGCAUAA